AUGGCUGAUCCUCACAUGAGACAGAUCAAGAUCAAGACCGGCGUGGUGAAGCGGUUAGUCAAAGAAAAAGUGAUAUAUGAAAAAGAAGCAAAACAACAAGAAGAGAAGAUUGAAAAAAUUAGAGACAUUAAAAAGCAGAUAUUAGAAAAUGAAAAAGACUUGGAAGAAGCUGAGGAAUAUAAAGAAGCACGUUUAAUACUGGAUUCAAUGAAAUUAGAAGCCUGA